UUGUAGUAGAUUACCAUAAGAACAAUUCUCCAAUAAGUGACUACACAUUUGACACAUAACACAGCAAAAAGAAGAAGAGACAGUCUUCAGGUAUUUUUCUAUCGUAAAUAUUUUCUGUUGAGCCGAAAAAUGUUUGCUAUCACACGUUCCUUGGUUCGUUCCCCAGCCCUUCGCCAGGGCCUUCAAAUGGCCCAGGCCCAAAACCUGAGAGAUGUUUCGAUGAAAGUUGUACCUGCUGCCUCAACAGUGAAAAAUGAGACUUUCUUCGACAAAAAUAAUCGCUUGCAACGCGAGAUGUCUCCCCAUUUGACAAUUUACAAGCCCCAGUUGACCUCCAUGUUGUCAAUUACCCAUCGUGGUACUGGCAUUGCCCUCACAGCCGGUGUCUGGGCUUUGGGUUUGGCUGCUCUCACCUCACCCCAAGACAUUGCCAACUAUGCUUCUGUGAUCGAAGGCUUGCACCUGAGCGCUGGCACAUUGACUGCCUUGAAGUUCAUGAUUGCCUAUCCCUUGGCCUUCCACACUGCUAACGGUGUGCGCCAUUUGUUGUGGGACACUGGUCGUUUCUUGAAAAUCAAAGAAGUCUAUUCCACUGGUUAUGCAAUGGUUGGUGUUUCGUUUGCUUUGGCUGCCAUUUUGGCCAUGCUAUAAGCAGGAAAAUAAAUUUAGAACAGAUUUAGAACAUGCAAUGUGGCAUCUUAAAACGAGUAAUAAAUGUUAAGUUAUAAAGCUUUUUCCUAUUUAAAAGAAAGAAAA